UUUUUUGGGUACAUUCGGGACUUUUGGUGGAUGCGAGAUCUUUUCAAACACUGUCCACAUGAAUAUAUAUUUUAUUUCGCGCGCUAUUUUAAUUGGCGUGGGUUGAAAAGUAGGCCCAGAAAUAGGCAUCAAUCCAGCUUUUCUAGGAAAGGAUCGUUUUUAACGCAUUAUUUGUGCAAAACAAAAAUAUGUCGAGCACUCCGGUAGCCAAUGCAAUGAUGCCGUGUUUCAAUGUGGGCUCCAUUGUGCGUUGCAUUAGUUGUUUUGAUGACGUCAUAACUGGGGAGGUGACAGCCUUUGAUCAUAGUGUGAAGAUGCUGAUGCUGAAAUGUCCUCGAACCGGCUUGGACAACACAACCGCCGUUGGGGAUCAACAGAAACUGUGUCAUAUGUCUAUUGUGAAUCUAUCACUGUGCAAGGAAGUGGAAAUAUUGGAAGAAGCUAAGCCGCCAGCGUCCCCGGAGACGCCAGCUCGUCUCAAUUUGUCGCUCCUGCAACAACGUUUGUCCCACAAUUUGGAGCAGCGUCGCUUAUUUUUAAAAAGCUGCAAUCCCCAGGCGAGUGCUGUGGGACAGGCUCUAUACAGAUACCUUUCGAAGCACUUUAGCAACAAGGACUUAAACUGGCUGGGUGCAGAUAUUCAAGUGCUUCAACAGGUGAUAAUCGGCUCGCCAUAUAAUGCCAGCAAUAUAAUCGUUUCGGAUCCGGGCAAGUCGGAGAGAUUGGCCCAAUAUCUAAGUCGCGUCAUCGAUAAGUUCCUAACACAGCCCGGGGCCCAGGCAAUGGAAGAUCAGCAAGAAAAGUAAACAAAAUCGACACCAUAGCAACUCACCCACACCCAUGUGGUUGCUUUGUUUAUCAACAAACAAUAAUACUCAUAUUCUACUAUACAUGUACAUAAAAGAGCAUUACUCUUCAUUAUCUGUCGUCU